GGGACGAACCCAUGAACCAGUUGCAUAGGACGCCCGGAGCGAGAAUAGUAAUCGUGUGUGGUUGCCUGCGAAGAUUUUAUGUUUUAAAUAACCCGUGUAAUAAGUGUUAAAGACGAAGUUUAUUACACAUUAUAUAUCGCUGUGCUAAGCCGCUUCGAAAGGUGUUGACCAGUUGGACUGUAGAGGUAAUUGGCUCUCAUGUUCAAAUGAAGUCAUAAUCAAAUUAAAACACUUCAUUGUUAUUUUCGAACCAGAAACAAGGUUUAAAAGCCUACAGUAGUUGUAUUUUCAUAAUGUAUGAAAAACAGAACUUGGAAGAAUCAUUUGAAGAAACAAACUCUGAUGAUGAUUUUGCAUUUUGUAACAUAGAAACGGGCCAGAAAUUUGAUAUAAAAUGUAGUCCGCCCGAAGACGUGAAACUCGUUGCUAAAAAUCGUUUCACUGGCACAAGGCCACUCAGCAGAUCCUUGCCAAGAAAAAAACGAAGCUUGUAUCAAUACAGAAUAAACAGAUCUUUGAACUUUGAAAUUGGUUCAUCCAGACAUGACAACGUUUUCAAAUCACCUAAUUGUGAUUCUGAAGAGAGUCCACUUUGCAAUGAAAAAUAUUUAACAAGGUCGGCUAAAAUAUUGAGAUCUUUGAAUAUCAACUUCAGUCCUUCAAAUAUAAGAGCUAAGAGAAUAAAUAAAACGUUAAACUUUGACUCAAGUCCAAGCCCCAAGAAAAUGUUCAGCUCAUCAGAGAGUCUUUGCGAUAAAAGAUCGCCAAAGUUUGAGUCUAACAUAAACAGAAUAGUGAAGAUAAAUAAAACGCUGAAUUUUAGCUCCAGUUCCAAUGGUUCUCACUCAAGUAGUUGUUUAGGUUCAUCCAUCAACUCGAUUGAUGAAAAUCAAAAUCAAACUCCAUCUCAUAAGAACCGGAAUGUUAAAAAAUCAUUGAACUAUCUCACCCCGAGCCCGACUUUGAAUACAAACACCUCUCGUUCGAUGAAUAGAACCCCAAUGUCAAGGGAGAAAUUCAUUAAUGAUCUGAAAGCUCACGCCGAAACUGCUGACCUGCAAAGCAAUAAACAAAGCGGAAGAAAAUCAAAAAAUAUUGAUGCAGUCAGCACUCCCAGGAAUUUGCUACAAGAUUUUGUAAAUGAUGAGAAGAAUGAGAGGCCCUUUACCCCAGAAAAUAUGUUCCAAUUUGUACCAGAAAGUAUGAGCGCCAUCAAAAAGAGUCAUAAAAAGGAGCGGCAAAGUCAUCGAUCGCAAAAAUCACAUAUCAUUGAAUCAAGAGAACAUUAUCAUCAGACAGAUGAUUUAACACAAGAUCCCAUCAUUUUAUCUCAUUCUGAAGAGAGGCCUGUGACACCAAUUACCAAUGAUACUUAUCCAAGUCCAACUUACAGUCUAGGGUCUAUCAAACAAUCUCAUAAAAAAGAUAAAAGUAAAAAACGAGCAAUUCUCAAUAAUUCCGAGGAUGAAAUCUCAGACUCAGGAUCAAUCUUUGAUUACACAGAGUUGAAAGAACGGGAACAAGUUUGUGAGACUGAUAUUUCACACAAUUCACAGCUUGAUUCAAGUGUUCACAGCAAUGAUAGUUCAGGAUUUGGUAUAAUUUCUUUUAAACAAGAGGACAAGGGUAGUAAAACAAAUUUAUUCAACAACUCUAUAGAAGAGCUCACUAGUUGUGGAACAAAUCUCGAUUACUCCCAUGAACUUAAAUUUGAGCGUGAUACAAAUUCCGAGCAUUCGAUAUCUAUCAUGAGUUGUAAUGAUGAUCACUCCAAGUCCGAUGACUUGGAUGAUUCUAAAGAACGGCUUAAAUUAUCACCCAAUCAACUAGAGCUAAUUUCACCGAAAAAAUACGAAACUUCGCACAGUUGUAGUAACCGUGAGUUAGACGGAAAUCAGAAUAGACCAGUUACACCAGAGAAUGUAAUAAAUGUUCUGGACCAAAUAAUGACCGAUUCCAUAAAAAAAUCUCAUAAGAAGAACAAAGACAUGAACAAAAAGAUUUUCAUUAAGCCGCUAAUAAUUUUGGAAAAAGCUCCGAGCGUAUCUCCUCUAUCAUCAAGCGGAAGUUACGAAGAAAAUCAAGACUCGAGUCGCCCAAGUGAUCAUUAUAACCCUGAACAUGUUUCCCGAGCUGGUACACCAGAGAACGUAAAUUCCAGCAGAUUGUUAUUGGGACAAUUUAGUUCUGUUAAGAAAUCCCACAAAAAAAAUAAACACCAGAAAAUUGUUACGGAAUUUGAGAAACGCCAAAAAUAUUUCAACAGGGAGGAUCAAGAAGGAUCGACCGACAACUUAUCGACGCCUAACAACGGAUUCGCAUCGAAAAGACGCAAAUCUUCUACCAUUCCGGUUGUAUCUGAUACAGAAUUAAUUUCAGCUACACCCGAUAAAUUGAUCCCUUGUGAUCGUUCUACAGAGUCUUCAGCGAGUGAUGCAUCACCAUUGGAAAAAUCCACCCCAAAUAAAAGAAAAAAAUCAUUUUCUAUGAAUGAAACUGGAACGAGUGCUUCUUCAGUUGAUUUAUCUCCUAUGGAGUCCUCUUCAAUGGAAUACGAGAGCGCUGAAGAAGAAUUUAAGAUUUUCACGCCAAUCAAGAAGCGGAGAUCCUUGCAUACAGUAACCGAUAUUAAAAGAAUCUCGCCUCUGAAAUGUGAAUCAGAAGACCCUCAGCCACCACUUAGUGAGUCCCUGGCGUGUACUCCUAUAUUGCCGGAAAACUUUUUCACUACACCCCCUUCUACAAGCAGAGAAAACAUGUCCGAAAAAAAAAAUGAUUCCGAUUCAAUCGUUUGCGAAGAAUAUGCCGUUGCUGAAAGUGCCAACGGACGGUCAACCCCUCAGAAUCGAUCGACUGCAGAACUGAUUUUUAACAUCAACUCCAUUAAAAAGUCCCACAAGAAAGAUAAGAAAAAUAGCAGAUUACGAAGAAGUUUGAAUGUCGCCGAUGAAAAUAGUGAUUUAUGCAACGAUACAAAUACAGAUUUAACUACAGAGAACUAUGAUCACGAUCCUGAACCAUCGACUAGCGGCGAGAAUUUGUCUACCGAAAAGGAAACAAAUUAUUCCCCAAUUCGGAUAAACAAAACUCCCCCGAAUUGUCCGAAGGUGAUAAGUUACUUGAAACUGAGGCAGGCUGAUUCAAUAAAACGUUCGCACAAGAAAGUUCGUGAGCAAAAAAGACGGAACUCAACUCGCAAUGACCCGGAAUUGUCGGACGAUGGGUCAAUAUUCGACACCACUGACAAAAUCAGCCUCAAUAAUUUUAACGAAUCUAUUAGUAAUUCGGACGUUGAAAAUGUCGUGAGUUCAAGCAGCGGAAUUGCAUCUCCGAGGACGGACGGCAACAAUGCGGCUUCUCAAUCAUUAGUUCAAACUCCACCAAACCGAUCAAAACCGCCGAUGCAAAUAGAGUCGAUAAAGAAAUCGCACAAAAAGGUCCGUGAAUUUAAACGUGUAGAUGCCCGUGAUCUGCGCUUGGGUGCAGAAUUUUCGGACGACGGAUCGAUCUUUGAUCCCCAUAAAAGCUCCGACGAAUCAAUGAAAGAUCCAGCAGAAUUACGAGAUACGAAAGCUAUAUCGCAAUGUAAUUGAGGGGACGUACCCCGGUCAUGAUCAGGAUCCCGUAUCGAAUGCAUCUGACAAAAAUAUGAUUUUUUUCUCUUCUCUUUGUUGUCGCUGCGAGGGUAGUUUCCAUAAAAAGAGAAUAGGUAACUACCCUAUUCAUGUAUCCCUAUUCGAAAUCAGAAUUUCGGCACAGCGAUUCUAUAUCUACUCAAGGUUGGGUCUCGCAAUAGAAGUAAGUCCUCAUUGAUACAGAAAAUUCGUUACAAACGUAUGAGCAUAUUGGGACAGUGUGAUGAAAUUUUUUUACUCUCAUUAAUUAUGGUUAUUCUUAUGUUUAUCCUUAAAAUGUUGCAGAAAUAGUAUUCUGGAUAAUUUUUUGUCUUUUUUUGCUUCAUCGAGUUCAUCAUCAUUUCGAUAUUAGCACAUAACUGUUUGCUUAAGUAUUUGAUUGACAUUUUGGCAUAGCCAAUCAUUACCACGCAACGGUUACUCAUCUAAUGAAAUGCAAAAGUUUGGUCGGAAUUGACAACUUGCAGAUCAUUGGGCCCAUUCCUAUACACCAAACUCUUUGCAAAUACUUUUACCUUAUUUCAUUUUAUCUCCUAAAUUUAGAUCGCAGUCAUAGUUUUCACUGGAAUAAUUAAGAAUUGGUUCAGUGAAAACUACGCGACUUUUACGUGCUAACAUUCGUCAGUGAAAAAGCAGUUGCCUCUUUGUUUAACGCCUUCGAAACUCAUAGAUGAAUUGAUUGAAAACUUUCGUUUAUUGAUUCAGCAAAAUCAUCGAUGAAAAUUACUUUCCGGCCGAUUCUCAGAUCUGUAAUUCAAAAUAUCCCACUGAACGGUUUUUUUAGGCAUCAUGCUAUGUAUAAUAUAUAUAUAUAUAUAUAUAUAUAUUUUUUCACGAACUUUUUAAAAGAUAUCUAUUAGUUUGAACAGAUUCUAUUUGGUGCCUUAGCAUAUAUACGAAGUUAAUUCUUCUGGUAAGAUAUUGUCUGCAUUUAUAAAAGAUAUAUAAAAAACGUUGCUCAUUUCAUAUACGAUUUAGCCAAUUGAAUAUAACGUUUAUUAAUCUUACUGUUAGUUACGUUAUGAACGUGAAACUUUUCGUUAUUUCAAUAUAAGAUUUAUUGCACUAUUUAACUUAGGGUUCAUUUUCUUUAUGUUACGUUAUUCAUCACGUUCAUUUUUUCAAGUCCUAGUAUAAUUGUGAUAUGUACAUACAUAGGUAUUCUAAACGUAUAAAACGAAAGGAAUGUUAUAAUUCCGAUAAGUCGCACCCUCGGGCAACUAAUCAACAGGUAAUACCCGGGUUUAUCACGAUUUCAGCGAAGUUAGAACACAGGGAAAUGGCCGAUCUUCACCUCGAUUAUUUUUAAGAACCAUCCAUCCAUCUUGAGUCGUGAUAAUCCUGAGUCGACAUAGCUCAGUGCUGAGAUUAGUUGCCCAGGUUCCCAAAGUGGACAAAAAAACCUUUAAAUAUAUCCCCUACCGUAAAGGGUGAGUUUAUAAUUAUUGUUACGAAAGGGUCGAGGUAAAAUUCUCUAUAAAAUUAUUGUUGUUAAUUAUCCUAGCACCCCAUGAUUGAAUUAAUUUACAUAUUACUACGAUAAUUAUAAUGUACCCAUAUUUUAAAAAUUAGGUGUCAUUCGUAGUCGCAAUAGUUGCCGAUGACAUGGUUUUUCUCACUUUUGCGGCGAAUCGCUUUUAUCCCAGAGCGUAAUGCGGUAACCGAACAAUAUUAUAACGUUUUAUGUGUCAUUUAAGUUUAGAAAAAUUCACGAAUCAUCGUAUUGAUAAACCUUCCUGUUAUUCCUAAUUGCCAGGUGCUUGACCUCGUCAAUGAUAUUCCGUAAAGUUUAAUUUCCCAGUGGUUUCUUUCGUCCUAUAUCAUUCACCCAGAGAUAAGGAGCGCUAUUGUCGUUAUGUUAUUUAUGGAAAUGCGCUUCGCAAAAUAUUGUAAUCUGAAUAAUAUUUUUUUAAAGGACUUCAUUUAUACGAAUUGUUGAAAUGUCCGUCAAUUAUUUCUAAUCGGUAUGUCACAAUUUGGUUAAUAUUCUUUUAAAAAUUGGAAAGAUUGAACAUAAAAUACUUCGUUUUUAUUUAGCGCCUGUAAGACCCAGCAUAAUCAAAUUUACAUGGUGGAAUAAUUUUUGAAAAUCUGGUAGCGUUCAGGAUCCAUAAUAAGUCCCAUUCCCUAUACAUGCAGGGUAAAAUUGGACAAAUGUCUUCGGUAUCUACCACUUACUAUGGCUCUAGGAAAUGACCGUGUAGCCAUAACGUCGCGUCGCGCAUUUUUAAACACAACUGUGGUUGAGAACCAGCAUGGAACCAGCCCUGCGUUGAAAAAUUAUUCAACGCUCAAGUAUUUUUGACCUAAAGGAAAGCUGUAACUUUGUAUAGCAGGUGUAUAAACUAUGAAUUUUGUGAUAUGCGUGUAUACUGAUAUUUUUUUUCGUAAGACAAGCGUUGGAUUAAUUAAUUAUUAUUUAUUAAAUAGUCGAGUAUUAAUGCUGACUUUGAUAAAUGUGAACAAAAUUUAAGAGUAACGUAAUAAUCACAAUUUCGGCUCAGAACUGAUGUGGAUGUAACAUUAUUUAAAAGUAGAAGCCAAUAGUUUGGAGCGUAUUUAAAAUUAUUUUUCAUAUUUAUUUAAAGAAAGAAGAAAAUAACAUACAUUAUAGUUUGAUAAAUAUUGUAUUCAAUUGUUAAAAUACAUAAAAGUAAGAGAAAUCUUCCAGUGCUGUGUGGUGCUGUUGAGCUUCGUUAAAAAUUGUAUUUCAAACGCGAGAAAACCAUUCCUUGAUUAUUGCAGAAGUUUAAAAAAUUAUGUUCGCUGAUAAAACUCUGAAACAAUUGCGAAGGAAUUAAUAUGUAACGUUUCAAUAAAUAUUUUGUCUACAAUAAUAAA